CAAGAAUCAAGAUAAAACGCAUGACGUCUGGUAUCCAAGAAUUUGGAUGGAUUCGAAUAGAAUUAGUUCGUACAAAUGGAUACAUUUGGCAGCCCCACAUGGAAACGUCUGGUGUCCAAUUUUUUUCAUGAAGAUAAACGCAUGUGACCUGGCAAAGCCCCAUAGGCUAGCUCCUUAACCUCACCCAUCCAGAUAAACAACCCUCUGUGCACACACAGCCUUUCUCCUGUUCAAACAAAAAUUUGGGAUUAAACCCAGACCAGAUUCUAUCAAACUCUCUCACACGCUCUCUCUGAUGAGUGAUGGCUCCUACGCUCACCUCUAACUCAUUUCUUCUCACCACGACACCUAGUUCAAGAGUCGCUGUGAAGAACCCAAGGUUAACCAUAUUCGCUGCUAAAAGAGCUGGUGCAUUUCCCUCGUUCGGUCCCGGAAGGCAAGAAGAUAGCGAGAACGAGAGUGGGUCUCCGGCAGGCGAACGCCAGACAGAAGGGCCGAACAAAGCCAAUUCUUUCAAGUUCGACCUGGGAAAGAUUCCAGAUGUAAGGUCUCUGAUUCCGGUUGUCAGUCAGCCAUCUUCAGCUCUGUCGCUGGGGAACCCGAGACGCAAGGAUCCUGGGACGGUUUUUGUCACGGGUGCAACUGGGCAAACGGGCAUCCGCAUUGCGCAGACGCUCCUGCGCGAAGGCUUCUCCGUUAGGGCUGGUGUGCCGGAUCUUGGUGCCGCCCAAGACCUUGCUCGUAUCGCUGCCAACUACAAGAUUAUCUCUACUGAAGAAUCAAAACGCCUAAAUGCGGUAGAAUCAACUUUCCAAGACCCAGAGUCCAUCGCUAAAGCGAUCGGCAAUGCUAGCAAAGUCGUCGUCACGAUCGGUCCCGCCGAGAACGGGCCCAGAAACGAGGUCACCACAUCCGAUGCAGUGAAAGUCAUCCAAGCUGCUCAGUUAGCGAGUGUUGGACACGUGGCAAUAAUAUACGAUGGGAAAUCGAUUUCGCCCCCGUCCAUGUACAACGUCCUGGAUGGCAUCUCGUCGUUUUUCAACAACCUCUUCUCCCGAUCGCAACCGUUAACGGUGACGGAGUUCCUGCAGAAGGUGGUGGAGACGGACGUCAGUUACACCCUGAUAAAGACGAGCUUGACGGAGGAUUUCUCGCCGGAGAGCUCCUACAAUGUCGUCGUAUCGGCCGAAGGGAGUGCCGGCCCAAACGACUACAAAGUAUCGAAGUCGCAGAUAGCAUCGGUUGUGGCAGAUGUAUUCUCCAAUACGGCAGUGACAGAAAAUAAGGUUGUCGAAGUGUCAACGGAUCCGUCGUCUCCUUCGAAGCCCAUAGACGAACUGUUCAGCGUCAUUCCUGAAGAUGGGAGGAGGAAAGCCUACACAGAAGCACUGGCAAAGGCCAAGGCAGAAGAGGAAGCGAUAAUAGCGAGUGAGAGAGCACGAGAAGCGGCGGAAGCAGCUAAGAAGCUGGAAGAAGAGGUGAAAAAGUUGUCAGAGCAAGAAGCUCGGGCCGCCAGUCUAGCGGAAGAAGCGCGCAAGAAGGCAGAGGCCGCGGGAACAUCAACGGAGAGCCUGAUCAAUAGAGCAAAAAGCAUCGGUUCAGGGUUCUCUUGGGAGAAGUUGAAUACCCAAAUGGCAACGGCCGUUCAAAAGCUGCCCGAUGAGGAGGAGAGACCGAAAGUGCAGAUUGCUACUAUCAGGGGUGAGGCCAAGGCUCGGAAGUUGCCGGCUCAGAAGGCGGUUGUCAAACAACCCACCCCGAAACUUGCUACUUUGAAGCCGAGGGAGGAGGCCGAGCGCACUCCAAAACCGAAACCCAAACCCAAAGCAGCGGAGGUGAAACCAGAGGUCAGGAACGUAUUUGGGGGACUGUUUAAACAGGAGACUAUCUACGUAGACGAUGACUGAGAAAGAGAAAGAGAGGGAGAGGUUGAGGGCAAGAUUGUAGUUAAGUCGUAUUUGUUAAGACUGAGGCUUUUUCAUUUUUAUGGAAAUUUAGACAUAUGUCAUUUUAUGAGAA